CCAAACUUUGGCUCGGGUGGAGGCCAGCCCCUCCUGGCGCUGCCUCCCACUCCUCCCCAGGCCCAGCCCCCCAACAUCAACCGACAGCCCCCGGUGUCCCAGCCAUACCGAGGCAUCAUGGGUCCUAGCCACAGCAUGAUGCAGCCUCCCACCAGCAAGAUGGACAUGGAUCUGAAACUCUUUGGCAGCGGGAUGGAUGUGAAGCCCGGAACGCCUCCCGUUGGCGCCAGGAGCACUACACCCACCUCCAGCCAUUACAGAGCCAGUUCCACGUCUCCUAGCAGCCAGUCUAGUAAAAUCAACAGCAUGCUGUACCAGAAGCAGUUUCAGCCCAGCUCUGCCGGCAUGAGAAUGACACAGCACUUCCCCGGCCAGUUCAACCCACAGAUUCUGUCUCAGCCCAACAUCGUCUCUCCUCUGGUUCGACCUCCUCACGCUAACUCGUUUGCAGGAGGUGUCCAGCGCUCUCCCAUGGGCCCUCCAAUGUCACCCAAUGUGGGUGGCGGUCUCAUGCCCCAUCCCCGACCACAGCACCCACAGCACAGCCAGCACCCUCCCCGAGGACCUCCCGGCCCCUCGCUUGCACCCAGAGGCACACAGGCGGCUCUGAAGGCUGAACAGGACCUAAAGGCGAAGCAGCGGGCCGAGGUGCUCCAGUCCACUCAUAAGUUCUUCUCAGAGCAGCAACAGCAGCAACAGCAGCAACUCAAGGCCCCGCAAGUCAGCAAAGUGUCACGGCUCGAUCAGGGGGGCAAACCCCCGCUCGACAGCUCCGCCUCGAACCACCAGGCGGUGGGUGACCGCCCAGAUUCUGACAAACCCCCCAUGUCCACGGCCAAGCCCAUACGGACUGGCCCCAUUAAACCGCAGGCCAUCAAACCAGAAGAGGGCAAGUAAAGAGCCGGCGAACCUCUUCGGAUGACAAUAUGAAUGGACGGAAGAGAGGAAGAGAGAGAAUCUAGCCCCAUUCACUCGGUCACCACCUCAUAUCAGCCCUGGGGGACAGCGUGGGGGAGGAGGAUGAGUCGAUGCUAGUGGUUACUGAGAGUAGGCGCCGUCCUGCGUACACAUAAUCCUCUUCCUCUUCUUUCUUCCCCUGUCUUGUCCCACUGUAGGUGGCGGCGUUUGAGUUGGAUUCUUCCAUCAUAUUUAGAGUGCCGAUAAAAUGGCUGCACAAGUUGUUCCAUAGAGAUCUACUGAGACGGUAGAUAAGAGGAGAGAUGGAAAGAGAAAAUUUGAAAUGAGAUUUGCUGCUGAGUUUGCCAUUUUUAUAGCUCUUGAUUUAUUUUUAUUUUUAUUUUCCCCCAAAUAGGAUCACGCAUAUUAUAGGAGAAACCUUGUUUUGUUAACGAAAGAUAUGAAUCAGUUUUGUUUUUGUAGUCGAAACAAUCUUGUUAAGGAGACGUCAUUUAGUGAAGCACACUUUUUUUUGUUGCCCAAUCUCCCAUCAUAACUAAUCCAGAGAUUUUGUGCACGUGGAAUUGCACCUCAUUACGCUCACUCAACGGUUUCAUCCACCGCACAGAGACAUGAAAUCAGAAAAUCUCGUCAUUUUUUGUUUGUUUGUUUUUUUUUUGUUUUUACCAGAACGGAAAUGUGAAAAUUACAGCAGUUGAUUGAAAUUAAUGAUUGAUUUAUUGAUUUGUGAGCCUUUGCUCCUGCCUUCUGCUCUCAUCUCCUUGCCUCAGAAUUACUGGUGUGUUGGGGUGCGCGCGUGUGUGCGUGUGUGUGUGUUUGUGUGUGUGUUGGGUGUGUGUUUGUGGUAUAAACAGGGGGAAAGCUCGUAGCUGGACUCUUCUUGUAUAUUUAGCCAAAGGUUAAAGCAGCGCAGAGAUGAUGUCACAGCCUUUUUAUUAGGAUUGCUGUUGCUGUGGCAGCAGAGUUUUGAUUUGACUCACACGGAUGAUGUAUGAUCACUACAUACAGCUGUUCCAGUUUAGGAGCUACUGUCACACACCCUUUCACUGCUUUCUCGCCCAUCCUUGCUGUCACACAAACACACACCUACACACACUUCACUGUAAAGCACCCAGACCUGCUGCUAUUGACUGAUUUCAGUGCCCUUAGCUAGAGAAUAGCAGGAUAGGGCUAUUUAGAGGAGUAGAAACGGUGAGGAGUUGAUUGUUGAAUAACACUUUUGAGUGUGUGUAUGUCAACCCUCACGACGAGGGGGAACAAGAACAGGACGGAGAACAAGGAAACAUGAUAUGAGAAGCCUCAAGUUCAGAAGCGUUCGGGCAGAAGGACACUUAUUGUUUUGUUGUCUUUACUGAUGAGAGCAAUCAGUGCUGUUUUCUGUCUCUGCCUCACCUCCGCUGGCUGUCCCACCCACAAUGCUUUCAUCUCGGGGUUGUGGCGACAAGGGUCCUUCAGAAAUGUA